AUGGAGUUAAUUAAACUUACCGACAUCAUUGGCUCACUGAACAAAGCAAUUGGAAUUGAAUCAGACUCGGUAGUUAGCAACGAAGCUGAACUAAUCAACCUCCUGAAAGAGUUCUUCGCUGACAGAGAUUUUUUCCUUCUCGUCCACUCGAUUGACAUCCUCUACUUGAAGAAUGGCAAAGUUCGCAAGUUUAUCGACAAUUUGGUUGCCUCAGUUCCAAGGGUGCGCCUUCUAGCCACUGUUGACCACAUCAAUUCGCCUCUCCUUUGGUCACUAACUGAGUCGAGCACCUAUCGCUGGCUGUGGUUUCACGUGGCCACCUUCAGCCCUUACCUCGUGGAGCGCAAACACUCCUCCAGUCAGUCGUCCAUCUUCACCACUGGCUCCAAGUCGUGGAAGCAGUCAACAAAUCUGUUGGCCGUCAAGCAGGUCUACAAUUCUGUGAACAGCAAUGCACAGAAGAUUUUCCUAAUGAUACUCAAGCUCUACAUGGAAUCUCGAUCUCGUAACUCCACCUUCACCUUCUACUCACUGUACCUGUCCUGUCGUGAGGAGUUUCUCGUCAACUCUGAAGUGACUCUGCGCGAACACCUUGCCGAGUUCAAGUACCACAACUUGAUUAAAAUGACCAAGGCUUCGGACGGUGCCGAAUCGAUUCAGGUAAUUUUCGACAAGGAGACGGUGAAGCGGUUCAACGAUUCAGUCGGAGAAGAGUGA